UAAGGUUUACAUAAAUGAUGGGAGAGUUAAUAAUAAAACAACAUAAGAUUCUGCAUCCCUGUAACCUUAGACAGAUGAAAGUUCCCAAGUACUUAUAUGUGUGGCUUUCAUAGGAAGGUUACAUCUUAGUCAAUCUGAGGAGAGAAAACACUAACCUUUUGACAUGGAAACCUAUUAAUUAGUGCCAUCAUGUAAUGCAGGAUUGAAAUAAACCCCUGAGUUUGUGGACAAUUGUGGCGUUUUCGCUGCUAAUCCUUGCUGUAAAGUAUCAUCAAGAGAAGCAAAUUCAUAAUUCCAGGAAGCUGGGUUGUUAAGCUUUCAAACAAAGCAAGAUAUGUCUGCAUGCAACAGCCUCCUUGAUCUCCAAGAGCAGAUUUGCUAUGUACACUGUGGCUUCUGCAACACCAUUCUAUUGGUUAGUGUCCCAUGCAGCAGCUUAUUUAAAGUUGUUACUGUAAGAUGUGGACACUGUGGAGGCCACCUCUCUGUAAACAUGAUGAGAGCUUCAUUUUUCCCUUUACAUGUCCUAGCUUCACUUAACAAUGCUUCCCUCAUUGAUGAUGAGCAAAUGAAAGAAUUCUGUGCUGAAGAAGUGGAGCUUCUGAAAGUUUCAGAUGAGCAAAGCUCACCAAUGACCUAUUCUGACAAUGAUGAAGAGAAAAUACCAUCAAACCCUAUUGUCAAUAAGCCCCCAGAGAAGAGGCAAAGAGCUCCAUCAGCCUACAAUCACUUCAUCAAAGAAGAGAUAAAGAGGCUGAAGGCUAGAGAACCCAACAUCACCCACAAAGAAGCCUUCAGCACAGCUGCCAAAAAUUGGGCCCAUUUCCCUCGAAUUCAGUACGAAAGAGAUGGAGAGAGCUGCAGCCAAGGAAAGGGAAAAGUGACAAGGAUCCAGGAUGUUGACGAGGUGGGUGUCUGUUCACCAUGGCAGGUUGAUGUGCAAACAAAAGGUUCUGGUGAAAGGAAGGCCAAGCCAAGACAGACCCAAGAGGCAUUCUAAAUAGGCAAAGACAUCCUUGGAGCGAAAUAAGCUUUACAGAAGACCAAGGAAGGAAAGCUUUUUGUUCUUUCUUUUCAAGGUUUUAAGUCAGUGUUGGAGGUAUCCUGCAUUUUCCCUUUACAGAAACUAGGAAGAUGGAUGCUCUUAGAGAUGUACUGCUGAAAUAGGUUCUUGUUUCUUGAGGUAGUGAAAGGAAAGAGAGAAAUUUGGUUCAUGGAGGACCCAUGAUUAGAAGUUAAAAUGUUUGCUAAUUGUCAUCAUCUCUUUAUAUUAAUGAAAAUCCUACUUCCAUUAUCUGCCA